AUGUCACUGGAAACUACUGAAUCUCUUAUGUCUAGUCCUAGGCUGUCAACUACCCCUCCUCCUACGUUCCGCGAUGAUUUUCUCAACACUAUCGACGCAAUUUAUGACGAAGAGACUCAAUAUCCCGAAGAGCCAUUAGCUGAUAUAUACUCAGAUAUUGAGCCAAGUUUCCCUCUAUUUAAGCUGAAUCCGCCCUGGAAACUCGAGUAUUCUUCGCCGGAUGAAGCUCAAACCGAGAUGAAUCAAUUUGCAGCUACCCAAGGCUAUGCAGUUGUUUCAAAACGCUCAAAAUCCUCUAACGGGGUAAAACUCAAGGUUAUUUACCAAUGCUGGCGAGGUGGUGAAUAUUGUGACCGCCGGACUAUAGGACUUGAUGCAGAAAAACGCAGAAGAGGCCGUACAAAAAAGUGUAACUGUCCAUUUGAGGUUAUUCUUCGUCGACAUAGAGAUAUAUGGUUAUUGGAAAUUGGGAAUGGUAGCCAUAACCAUACACCAUCACCCGCCGUCAAUAUUCCUUAUCUUCGCCAAAUGGCUAUGAAAAAAAGAGGUUUGGAGAUUGAACAGGCUAUCCAGCAGGGGCUUUGGCCUCGCCAGAUUACGGAUCAGCUCAGGAAUGAAGGCGAACAUGUUAUCGCGAAGAACAUCUAUAAUAUUAAGAUGGAUCUUAACAAAAAACGACUUGGCGGCCGCUCAUCUAUUCAAACACUUCUCCAAGACCUCCCAAAUUCAGGGGAUUGGUGUAUCCGCUGUAGAUCGGAUAACAACGAUAUUUUACUUGCUUUAUUCGCCAUCCACCGGACUUCCAUUGGAUUUUUACGUCUUUUUCCCUAUAUUCUUUGGAUGGAUACAACAUUUAAAACCAACAAGUUCAAAAUGCCAUUGCUUGAUAUUACUGGAAUGACAUCAACAAACCAGACAUUCUCCGCUGGCUUCUGUUUUUUAUCAGACUCUACUACUGAUUCAUUUUGCUGGGCAUUACAGCAAUUACAGUCAGUAUUAGCGGUGGAAUCAAUCCCUGAGCCAUUGACUGUAUUUACAGACAAAGAGCUUGCAAUUCUCAGUGCUAUACCAAUGGUUUUUACACUUAACCAUAUGCUUUGUUUGUGGCAUAUCAAUAAGUGUAUCCUUGCCCAUGCGCGUACUCCUAUUCGUCAGUAUCUUGAAUGGGAGAUUAAAGAAGCUGCAAAAAAACAAGAGAUAUUCUCUUUGAAGAAUGGGUGUAUACGGCAGGAGAAGCUUCAUCGGUGGUGGAGAAUGAAACAGUUCUGGCAUGAAAUUGUUACUGCUUUAACGCCUCAAGAUUUCGAACAAAAAUGGCAGGAAUUUCAGCAAACUUACUGUCAUGAGAUCUUCUCUAAGCUAAUUCGUUAUAUCCAGAAGGAAUGGCUUAACCCAAUAUAUGCGAAGAUGUUUUUACACCAUUAUACUCGGCAUUAUUUUCACUUUGGUGAGGUAGCAACAUCUCGAAAUGAGUCGGCACAUUGGGCAUUUAAACGUGAUCAACAGAGAGUUUCCCUUGAAGCCAUUCGCCGUCUGGAGAAAGAAAUCAACACAUAUCUACCUAUCCAUAUCGAAAAACCUCAAAUUCCUAUCUUCUGUGCAUGCGGCAAAGGCAGGGGCAUUCCAUGCAUCCAUCAAAUUAUUCCAUACUAUAAUGAGAAAAAGCCACUUCCUCUUGAUCUCUUCCACUUACAGUGGCAUCUUCAGGAGGCUGAUUCACCACAGUUUCAUCCAGAUCUUCUUCGUAUACAGGAGCCAAGAAUUCGGGAUGAUCGGAGGGUAUGGAUAUCGCGAGGAUCAUAUACAGCAUCACAGGCCUCGGUGGCCACAUCACAGGCCUCGGUGGCCACAUCACAGGCCUCGGGGGCCCGGCAAGACCCCCGAGGCCCAGAGGGAUCACAGGGGCGGAUCCCAAGCUUAUGGGAGCAGCUAGAUGCUGUUGAAGAUGCUGUAGAUCGUGAGUUUUAUGAGCAAUGGUCCCAACAAGGCUCUCAGCAGCCACCAACUGUGCAAUCUCGGAGGAGACCCAAUACAUGUGGAAAUUGCGGCGUGGAGGGGCAUAAAAGGCCUGGGUGUCCGUUGAUCAACAGAUUUGCCAGUUAA